AUGAAGUCUUACUUUCCGGUGUAUAAACACGGGUUUCUAGAGGCGAGGCAUUUAGCUAUCUUACAGCGCAUCUCUCAGGUUGCACUUAAAGGCAGAGCAGCUGCUGCUGAGCCUGACGCUUCUUCAGCAGCAGCAGCAGCAGCUGCUGCCGCUGCUGCUGCUGCACCUGCUGCUGCUGCAGCUUCUGUUGCUGGAGGUUUGGAAUUUGAUACGCUGCUCCAGCCCCUCGCGAACUCAAGGGAGUCUGCUGCACGUCCAAGCAGCAGCAAAGACCUGUGGGGAGAUGGUCCUGCUGCUUCGCAUGCAGCAACAGCAACAGCUGCAGCACAGGCAGCAGCAGCUGCAGCUACACCAGCAGCAAGACAUCCGGAAAUAGAGGGGCAGCGCGGUGGUGUCUCUUCAGUUGAAACCUUUGCACACAGACCGGGGGGACGUGCGGCUAGGCAGGAGACAGAAGAGCAGCAGCAACAGCAGCAGCAACAGCAGCAGCAACAGCAACAGCAGCAGCAGCAGCAGCGAACAGCACAACAACUUCUCUCGGAUUGCGUAGGCAGCAAGGCACUCCUUCAAGGCCAGGAGUCUCUCGACAGUCAGACGGAUAUCAACUUCAGUGAGCGCAUAACAGCAGCAGCAGCAAAGGCAGCAGCAGCAGCAGCAGCAGCCCAGGAAGCAGUAGCAGCAGGGGCAGGUGUAGCAGCUCAGGCAGCAGUAGCAGCAGCAGCAGCAGCACAUGCAGCAGAGGCAGCAGCAGGCGCCAUCCGUCGCUUUCUUCGUUUUUCUUCCAAUGCGUUGAAGGCGUUGGCGUUGGACGCAUCUUCGCGCAGCUCUGUCUUCGCGCUGUCUCCUUCUCUGAGUAUCUCUGCAUCACCGCAGGCAGCAGAGGGCUUUUCUUCUGUGGAUGCUGCUGCUUCUGCUGCUGCUGCUGCUGCUGCUGCUGCUUCUGGUGGUGGUGGUGGUUCUGGUGGUGCUGCUGCUAGUGCUUUGUCUUUGCCUCCCGGCUUGCUGCGAGGGAGACAAAAUAGCAGCAGAGAAGAGUGGAGUUGCUUGCUGCAGCAGCAGCAGCAGCAGCACGGAGACAGCAGCGCUGCUGCUCUCUUUUCUCGUUUCCUUGGCUAUGUAGCAGAGGACCUCAGGCCGUGGGAGAGGGGCAUCAUAUGGAUAAACAGCAGCAGCUGCAGCAACCGCUGCAGCACCAGCAGCAACACCAGCUGCUGCUGUUGCUGCAGCGGCAGCUGGCUCGUAAUGCAGCCCAGAAGAGGUCGCAGCGGAAGACAGAUGGAGACGGUUGUCUCCGUUGAUAUAUCAGAGACGUUGGAGGAGACAGUACAGGUGACUCUCAGCUGCUGGCAGGCGCAGAAGCAGGAAAAGACGAACGUCGCAGCUAACCGCAGCAGCAGCAGCAGCAACAGCAGCAAGGUGGGGGAUGUGGCGCUGGAGCUGUUUAAGCAGGUGAAGGACCGCCUCUGGCAAAAGAGAGGACGAGAGAAACAGACAGCAGAUGCAAUGUCAAGAAAAACAAAGUCUGCUGCUGCUGAUUGCAAGCAGCAGCAGAAGCAGCAGCAACAGCAGCAAGAGCAACAGGGACCGCUGCAGGGAGACGCGUCUUUGAGGCUGUUGAAGCUGGAAGGAGACGCAGAUAAUGAGGCAGAGGCAGAUGGAGAGGGAUUGUUGUCUCCUAACGUCACAGCAGCAGCAGCAGCAACAGGAGCGGAUGGAGAUGGAGCAGCAGCUGCAGCAGCAGCAGCAGCAGCAUUAGCAGCAGCAGAGGCUGUCAUGUUGGCUGUACGUGCAGCAUAUCUUCGCGCUGUUGAUUUGUUAGGUAGGCCGUCGAUGCCUCUACGAGAAGAUGUCCUCUCUAAAGAAGAAGAGGGAGGCACUUCUUCGUUGCUGCAGAAGCAGCAGCAGCAGCAGCAGCGAGAGGGGGACCCGCUGCUGCAUCCUGGGACGCUUGGCUUGCGGCCUCUGCUGCAGCAGCAGCAGGAAGAAGAAAGAGAAGCUGCAGCAGCUUCUGCUGAUAUGGAGAGUCAACGCGGCUGCCGCACAUCAGCAGGUCGCAGCAGCCGCAGCAAGUCGAGGGAAGACAGCAGCAGCAACAGCAGCAGCAACAGCAACAGCAAUAGCAAUAGCAACAGCAGCAACGGAAACAGCAGCAACAGUAGCAGCCCCAACAACCUGCAACUCCUCCUUCGUAGCAACAGCAGCCCGAGCAGCAUGAACAACAUCAGCAGCAGCAGCAACAGCAACAGCCUGAGCAGCAGCCUCAGGAGCAACAGCAUCAGCAUCAGCAGCAGCAUCAGCAGCAGCAUCAGCAGCAGCCCAACUAGCAGCAGCACCACCAUCACGAACAGCAGCAGCAUGACAAGCACAACGACCACAACGAGCAGCAGCAACGGCGGUAGCAGCAGCAGCACGACAACAAGCAGCAGCAGCAGCAGCAGCAGCAGCAGCAGCAGCAACAGGAGCAGGAGUCGGAGCAGCAGACGCAGCAGCAUGCGUCGUCGGUGUGGGGGGGCUGUAAGCAGCAGUGCUAGCUGGAGCAAGUCAGUGCUGACUCGCUUAGCUGUAUCUCUAAAGCCCUGGCCUCGGGGUGUCAGCUGGGCUUCCUCUAGUUGUCGCUGGUUUGCUGUUGUUCGUCUGUCUUCGGGAUGCCGCUUAGCUAAGACCUUUCAUCCUAAUACAAAGGGAGGAGUUGAAGGUGCUUAUAAAUUAGCUUGUGCAUUCUUAUUAAACUUUAGACAAAAUAUCAACACUGAAGACAUACAUCUACAUAAUAAUAAAGACAUCAUGCAGCAUACUCUCAUGCAUAAACUCAAAUGCUGCACUACACCACAUUCUAAUGCACCUGUACACCAAGUGCAGCAAAAACAGCAGCAGCAGCAGCAGCAGCAGCAGCAGGAGCAGGAGAGAAUGCAACAGCAUUUGCAGCUACAUAGACAAAUACAGAUCCUGCAGCAGCAACAAAGACAGACGCAACAGCAGUUGCAUUCACAUCAACAAAUCAUGCAGCAGCAGAUCCGCAGCCAGCAGCAACAGCAGCAGCUGCAGGAGACUGCUGCUUCGGAGGCAGGUGGUGGUGCUGCUGCUGUUGCUGCUGUUGCUGCUGCCGGGGUGGAGACAGCUGACCAGCGGGAGACUGCAGCAGCACGAGAAGCAGCAGAUGCGCUGCUGCCUGCUUCCUCAGCCUGCAGCAACUUGUUAGUUGCCUUGGAGGAGCUGCACAGCAGCAGCAGCAGCAGCAACAACAGCAGCAACAGCAGCAGCAGCAGCAGCAGCAGCAGCAGCUUUAGUUCAGCAUUGGCUUCCAGAGGGAGAGAAGACCUCGAAGAUGAGCUGGAAAUGCAGUGGAGGAGAAGAGACAGAGAAAUUGAAAGACAAACUCGCAGCAGCAGCAGCAGCAGCAGCAAACAAGACCUUGAACGACAGCCGCUGCUGCAGGCUAACAACGACUUAGGGGAGGCGGUGCUCUCUCUGAAGCUUCAAGGGUUAAGUGCAGCAGCAGCAGCUGCAGCUGCUGCUGCUGCUGCUGAUAAUGCUGCUGCUGCAGGCAAAGCGAGCAACGGACAUUCUUUGCAAGGAGAAGAGAGACAGACAGCAGCAGCAGAGGAGACAGCAGCAGAGGAGACAGUUAAGACUGCUGAUGUUUUUUCUUGCAAAGGAAGCACAAACAAAAACAGAGACGAAGAGGGGCUUAGGGUUAAUGUCUUAUCUUUGCUGCAAGCAAACAAAGAUGCAGCAACAAACGAAUUGCUGCUGCAGCUGCAGCAGCUGCAGCAGCAGCAGCUGCUGCAGCAACAGCAGCACCAGCAACAACAGCAGCAUCAACAGCAGCACCAGCAACAACAGCAGCAACAGCAACAGCAGCACCAGCAACAACAGCAGCAACAGCAGCAGCUGCUGCUGCAGCAGGAGGAGGAGUGCAGGGGAAGCAAAGGGACAGCAGCAAAGGGCGUUGGAGGUUUAUUAACGAGAAUAAACUUUGACUUUAUUGAUGGGGUCGCGGAGACACCCGAGAGGAGACAGACAUCUGAGGAAGAGACAGACACACGAAGAAGCAGCAGAGAUAAGGGGGUGAGGCAGCAAAUAUAUAAAAUCAAAUAA